AUCCCUCUGGGUGCGGGGUUUGAAAGCGGACGAGCCCACGUACGGCGAAGCGGGGGGGCGGAUCGGGAGAGGAGGGCGGACUCACCCUCACCCACCGCCUCUCGCCGCCCUCUGAACAGGCGACUGCUGGGAGAACCCGAAGAGGGCGCGGGGGCUCACCCGCGGCGGCUUUGUGCGUGCGCGCCGGCCCCCGUGCCCCGCUGUGGUCUCGUCCGCUCCCCCCGCUCAGCGCAGUGGGACGUGCCCUGGCUUUCGCGUCACCCAUUGUUUACAAACCAAGCCCAGCAGCGGGCUGCUGCGAGUCGGGUUUGCACCGGUGCGGCGCGCGGAGCCGGCCGAGAUGCCCUGCCGGCCCGGGGAGCGCUUUCUGCUGCUGGAGCGCUCGGUCGCCGUGGGGCAGGCGGGCUCCAAGGAGGUGGACGCGCUGGUGGCCAAGCUGGGCGAGGUGCUGCAGUUAAGCGCCCAGCGGGCACCGGCCCCCCGCGGCCCCAAGCACCCGCCGCCCACCGCCGCCCGGGGCCGCGCCGCGCCCUACUCCCCCCGUGGCGGCGGCGGCCUCCUGGUCCCGCGGGGCCCGGCCCCCCCGCAGCCGCACCAGCCGGCGGAGCCCCAGCGCCCGGGGAAGAAUAGCCAGCGGGUGGCCAAGCAGCUGUGCGGCCGGGGCUGGCUGCGGAGCGCCGCCCACAGGAGGAAGCGGCCGGGGCCGGGGGAAGCGCCCGGCGAAGAGGAGGAUCCGCACCGGCUCCUGCAGCAGCUAAUCCUCUCCGGGAACCUCAUCAAGGAAGCAGUCAGGCGCCUGCAGCUGGCGGCGGCGGCCGUGGCCACAGCCACCACCGGCGGCAGCGGGGAGGGAGAAGCAGCAGCCCUGCAGCCUCUGCAGUAGCCCCGCGGGUUGUGGAAAGCCUGUGGCAGCGAGCCCCGCGCCGGAAUCGGGACAUUGCAUGGGGGAGGGGCCAGCUAUCGGCGGAUCUAUCUCGGGGGCGCCCCCUCCCCUGUACUUGAAGCAGACUCU